UCUUUCUCUCUACCCAUUUAUUCUUCUAACGGAUCUCUCUCUCUGUCUCUCUCCCUCUCCGUUUUGGUGUGCGUCUUUCACUCUUUUUCUCUCUCUUUCUCUAGAAAGUCUCUCCCAAUCUGCAGACUAAGAUCUGGAGACAGAAUGUGAGUGAGUGCAAAUUUUCUUUUUGAAAGAAGCUGAAAUUUUAGGGUUCUUAGGCCCAUGCUUUUCUUGGAUCCUUCCUCUCUCUUUAUUUCCUGCUUCUUUCCGGGAUUUCCGAUCUAGAUUUCUUGCAGUUUACGUGUUCUUUCUUUCUUUUUUUAAACAAUUCCGACACUCAUUUUUAAUGAGUAAAAAUGGAGGCAUUUCGGCUUAAGAAGCCCAAUAUUGCAGCCUUCACUGAUGAUUUCAGCCCCAGCCGUAGACUCAGAAAAGUGUGCUCCUGCAUUUCGUAUGUGGAGACUUCUGAAAAUAUGAAAUUUUCUUUUCGCCUUCUGUCUGGUGUUUCACCAAAACAAGAAAACAAAAGUGUUUCUGGCUCUUUUUUAAGUUCUGACGUUUGAGGCUCUAAGUUGAUUUGAACUCAGACAAUUUCUACAUUUUCCCCUUUAUAUAUUUCGGAUUCAUUUCCAGGAAACGGGCAGGUUCAAAAACAGAGAAGCUUUUCAAAACUGGCCUCUGAUUCUAAUUCUCAAAAUAGUGAUACUACAGGCGAACAUUUGUUCACGUGUGAAUUGGGGUGGAGAUCUUUGAAACAAGCAGCUGGAACACCAAUGAAGAAGUUAUUAGCUGAAGAGAUGUCAAGAGAAGCUGAAUCAAAGACAAGGUCUCCUAGUGUUAUUGCCCGAUUGAUGGGCUUUGAUGGACUGCCAGCUCAGCAGCUGUCUCAUAAACAACAUAAAAAGUCAUCGGAGAACUAUUUACAGAGGAUAGCGCCAACAGAAAAGUCCCAAAGAAGUAGCGCAUCAUGUAGUCGUAGUUCAUCCAGAAAAGGCUCAAAGGAGGAGCAAGAAUUCAAAGAUGUAUUUGAAGUUUUAGACGCAUCAAAAAGAGAGAGUAGGUACUUGUUGCAGGGGACUGCAAACUCAAAGCUAACUGAAGCUGAGAUGACAUUCAUUAAGCAGAAAUUCAUGGAUGUCACAUGUCUUUCAAGUGAUGAAAAACUUAAUGAUUUGAAGGAAUUUCAGGAUGCAAUAGAUGAUCUAGACUCCAACAAAGAUCUUCUCCUGAAAUUUCUUGAGCAGCCGGAUUCAUUGUUUGCAAAGCAUCUACAUGAUCUGCAAGCUGCCCUUCCUCAGUCCCAUUGUCGUCGCAUAUCAGGUAUGAAGUCAUCACAUGCUCCAGAGCAUGAAGGCGGUGGCCUGGGAUGCAAAGUAGAGAGAAAAAUGCCAUGGAAGAAUCAUAGGAAGCACCAAAGUAAUCCUCUUAGCCAUUCUUACCGUAAACAAGCUGCUGAUAAUCCACUCAAGGCAUCAAAACUUCAAUUAGAAGGGAAAGAACAACCUUCUGUUCUUCCUACACGGAUUGUUGUACUGAAACCAAACUUUGGUAAAGUGCAUAAUGCUACCAAAAUUGUUUCAUCAACACGUUCUUCUCAUGAUUUUCUUUCAGAUUGUAAGAGGCACACUGAACUUCCUAGUAUCAAGAAUAGGGAGGCAGAUUUAUUUGGAAAUGAAAAAUUUCCUGAUCAGGUAGCACUACCAAGAUAUAAGUCCAGAGAGUCUAGAGAAAUUGCGAAGGAGAUCACCAGGCAAAUGAAAAAUAGUCUUGGAAGUGGUUCCAUAAAGUUCUCAACCUUGGGAUUUAGAGGAUAUGCUGGGGAUGAGAGUUCAUCAAACAGGUCUGACAAUGAAUCAGCAAAUGACUCAGAUGUGCAGACAGUGAUUUCUAGAAGUUCUAUUGGUUGGAGCAAUCAAUACAGGUCUUCAUCAUCUCGCUCUUCUGAAUCAUCUGUGAGCAGGGAGGCCAAGAAGAGACUCUCAGAGAGGUGGAAGAUGACCCAUAGUCAUAGGUAUGUAGAUAUGGGAGUGGUUGGUAGGGGUAGCACACUAGGUGAAAUGCUUGCUUUGCCUGGUAAGGAAAGAAGGCCAGCUAAUGUGGAUGCCAUGAUUGUUGGACAAGGAUUUAUUCACAAUUUUGAUGGCAAUGAUGAACCGGCAGGGAGUGUUGAACCUUUGGGUAUUAGCAGUAGGGAUGGCUGGAAAGACGGAUGCAUUAGAAAUCUUUCUAGAUCAAGAUCUGUUCCUGCUUCAUGUACUACUAUUGGUAGUCCGAAAACAGGCAUGCGCUAUGAAAGUCUUUGCAAUGACCAGCAUAUAUUACCAAAAGAAUUAAUGCAGCAGGAAAGCGUCAAGGCAGUUAAGGGGAAGCCCAAUCAGCGAGAAAGUUCAUCUUCUAGAAAUUCAAGAUCUCGCCUUAAGAGAUCUCAUUUAUCUGAGUACACUUGUACUGAUCAUAGUGACACUUCACCAGAAAUUAAUGUCAGCCAUAAGCAAGUGCAGAGCAGUAUCACAGAUGAUGAUCAAUUUAAACCAUGUCAUAUGGUUUCCAAGACGUCAGCUUCAAUUGUCACAGAUAUGAGUUUCAUUCCUGAGAAUGUUUUGGAUGUAGCAAUUGAGAAUGUGGCCAUGCCUUCUAAAAAUACUGACUCAGAAUUACCAGCUUAUAUGUUGGUAAAAGGCAAUUCUUCUUCUAGUGACCCAGAGGCUUUAAUUUCACAGGAACCAUUAAAUGGGCCACCUGAUGAAAGUUCAGCUCCUGUUCAGCACUCUGUAGCAGAGCUACAAUCUCCAGCAAGCUCUAAGGAGGCUGAACAGCCCAGUCCUGUUUCAGUUCUUGAAACUCCUUUCCCAGAUGAUCUAUCUUCAAGUUCUGAAUGCUUUGAGAGUCUCAGUGCUGACCUACAUGGACUUCGGAUGCAGCUUCAGCUACUCAAAUUGGAGUCGGAAGCAUAUGCAGAGGGUCCCAUACACAUCUCAAGCGAUGAAGAUGUUGAGGAUGGCUAUGUUGGAUUUUCAGAAGAGAAAGGAAUUGUUGAAGAGAGCAGGGAACGUUCCUAUGUAGUUGAUGUACUACUAGAAUCGGGUAUUAAUAGUGCUGAUCCUGAUUCUUUCUUGGCGUCGUGGCACUGUCCAGAGUGCCCCUUGAAUCCCCUGGUAUUUGAAGGACUGGAGAAGAAGCAUUGCAAUCUCACUUCUUGGCCAAGGUCUGAAAGGAAGCUGCUAUUUGACCGCAUAAAUUCAUCUCUGCUCAUGAUUAACCAACAAUUUGCGGAUCCAUACCUGUGGGUGAGGCCUGCAACUGCGAUCAUUCCCAGGUGGAUUAAACAUGGACUUGAGGAUGGCAUCCACAAAUUGCUGGCAAGCCAAGAAAAGAAAGCAAAUAACAAUGCAGUGGAGAAGGUACUGGUAAUGGAUUCACAGUGGCUGGAUUUGAGAGGUGAAAUUGAUGUAGUUGGCAGGGAAAUUGAGAGACUGAUGAUAGAAGAGUUAGUAAAAGAGAUAGAAGCAGUGUUAGUGUAGAGAUUCUGCGCACAAGUGCCCUUUUGGUUUAGGAAGUUAUGAGUAUACGAAAGAUGAACUGAUGGAAUGUUCAUUUUAAUUAGAGAUGACGAAAUAAAUUUAUAAGAUCCCUUAAACCAAAAACAAAAUUCCAGAAUGGUGAUCGAGGAGAGUACUACUCCAAGGAGGAAUCAGCACAAAAUCUCAGCUAUGUCUGGAAUUGUCUCUAAGCAAAUGAUUAUGAUCUGACACUUAAUCUGUUUAGCGUGCAGUUAUUUCACAGAUGAUGAGUAAAUAAAUAUAUAAUUAUAAUAAUCAUAGAUAUUAGCAGAAAAAUUUCCAAGAAUUAGAAGGAUUCGUAAGCGAUUUGUAUUUGCCUGUGUUUCCUGCUUUCAUUUUCAUUGCAUGUCUUGAGCCAGUAGACAAUGUAAAAUUUCACCUUCUCUUAUGGGCUUUUGCUAAGAAUUUCACA